UGGGGGGGGGGAGGAGGGGGGGGCUGAGCGUUGUGCUUAUUUUCCCCUUCUCCCCCCUCUUUCCUUUUUAUUUGCCUCCAUCCCUCUGUCAAACUGACGCCGGGCAAGAGCAAACUUUUCGCAGAGGGAACGGAGCAAAAACCGCUUUUAGCCUCGUUCCAUAUAGACAUAUAUAUUUUUUAAUUCAAAUUUUUUUAAAAUUCUUUUUUUUUUUUUUUUUUUUUUUACUAUUUUCUCGCACUUUCCGUACUGUUCUCCUACCAGAACCGGGGGCUUUCCCACACCCCCCUCCCUCCUUUUCCAACCCCCCCAACCUCCCUCUUUCCACCUCGGACCCCCCAGGCAGGGUCGGCUGCGCUCUCCUCGCUCUCCCUCCGCUUUAUUCCCCCCCUCGUGUCUGUGUGUGUGUGUGCGUGCGGGUGCGAGCCUGUCAAGGGGCUGUUUCUCUCCCCACCCUCCUCCUCCUCCUUCUUCCAAAUAUGCUUUUUGAAAGUUUUGAUCUCGUCUCGGCACUGGCUACCCUCGCGGCGUGCUUGGUGUCACUGACUUUGCUGCUGGCUGUGUCCCAACAGCUGUGGCAGCUCCGUUGGGCUGCCACCCGCGACAAAACCUGCAAGCUACCAAUCCCUAAAGGCUCUAUGGGAUUCCCUUUAAUCGGAGAAACCUUCCACUGGCUCCUGCAGGGUUCGUGCUUCCAGUCUUCGCGACGGGAGAAAUACGGCAACGUUUUCAAGACGCACCUUUUGGGGCGGCCGCUGGUGAGGGUGACGGGAGCCGAGAACGUACGGAAGAUUCUGAUGGGGGAACAUCACCUGGUGAGCACCGAAUGGCCCCGAAGCACCCGCAUGUUGCUGGGACCCAACACCGUGGCCAACUCCAUCGGGGACAUCCAUCGGCACAAGAGGAAGGUUUUCUCCAAAAUCUUCAGCCACGAGGCUCUGGAAAGCUAUCUCCCCAAGAUCCAGCUGGUGAUCAAAGACACCCUGCGGGCUUGGAGCAGCAACCCUGAUCCCAUCAAUGUCUACCACGAGGCCCAGAAGCUCACCUUCCGCAUGGCCAUCCGCGUCCUGCUGGGUUUCCGCAUCCCCGAUGAGGAGCUCAACCGUCUCUUUGAGGUCUACCAGCAAUUUGUGGAGAACGUCUUCUCCUUACCUGUGGAUCUGCCCUUCAGUGGCUACAGGAGGGGCAUCCGGGCACGUGAGACAUUACAAAAGGGGCUGGAGAAAGCCAUCCAGGAGAAACUGCAGAACACACAGGGUAAGGACUAUGCCGACGCACUGGACAUCCUGAUAGAGAGCGGCAAAGAACACGGCAAGGAGCUCACCAUGCAAGAGCUGAAGGAUGGCACCCUGGAGCUCAUCUUCGCUGCCUACGCCACUACGGCCAGUGCCAGCACCUCUCUCAUCAUGCAGCUACUCAAACACCCGCGGGUGCUGGAGAAGCUGCGGGAGGAGCUGCGUAGCAAAGGCAUCCUGCACAAUGGCUGCAUCUGCGAGGGCUCCCUGCGCCUUGACAACAUCAGUGGCCUUCACUACCUGGACUGUGUCAUCAAGGAGGUGCUUCGCCUCUUCACCCCCAUCUCCGGAGGGUACCGGACGGUGCUGCAGACCUUUGAGCUGGAUGGUUUCCAGAUCCCCAAGGGCUGGAGUGUGAUGUACAGCAUCCGGGACACCCACGACACUGCCCCUGUCUUCAAGGAUGUGGAUGUCUUCGAUCCCGACCGCUUUGGGCAGGGCCGCAGCGAGGACAAGGAGGGCAGGUUCCACUACCUCCCAUUCGGAGGGGGUGUACGGACCUGUCUGGGCAAACACUUGGCCAAGCUUUUCCUCAAGGCCCUGGCCAUCGAGCUGGCCAGCACCAGCCGCUUCGAGCUGGCCACUAGGACUUUCCCCAAAAUCACCUUGGUGCCCGUGGUCCACCCGGUCGAUGGACUCAAGGUUAAAUUCUUCGGACUGGAUUCCAACCAGAACGAGAUCCUGACGGGGACGGACGUCAUUUUGGGGGCCACUGUGUAGAGCCCACCAGGGAUGGGUGGCUGGGGAUGGAGGGGUGGGGUGGGGACAGGGGGACGAACAGGAGGGGAGAGGACGAGGAGCUUCUCCACGAUGCUCACUUGGCAGAACCUCCAGGUUGGGACUGUUUCCUCCACCGGCAAAGCUGCCAAAAUCCUUCUGCUCUGGGCAUGGAGGAGCUUGGGGUGGCAUCGUGCCUCUUGCUUCCUCCAGAAAAAGGAAGAGUUGCGAAUCCCGAGUAGAACUGGGACUGUCUGACCAUACACAGUAUCUAAAUAUUAUAAAUAUAUAUAUAUAAAUAUCUAUAAAACACUUCUGCUGCCAGGAGGAGCGCUGUGAAGACCCAACGGUGGGAAAGGCUUUGGGAACCAGCUGGCAGCCAGCAGUCUGGUGGCCCAGCGUGGCCCACCAAGCUUGUUUUUAACAGUGUUAAAUUAGCUGGUGAUAACAGUGUUUUAUUUUUGUUGUUGUUGUUGUUUGGUUGGUUGGUUGUGUUUUUUUUUUUAUUAUUAUUCUGGGGGCUGCCCUGGGUGAAGGGAAGAUGAGCGAUGCCCAUUCCCAUCCCACCCCCUUGGGCAGGUUUGGGGGAGUGCUGCCAUUUCGCCUCCGCCGCGGGACCAAAAAACCCUGUGGUGCCUUGUCUGGGGCUGAGCCAUCUCUCCAAAGCCUCAGAUGAGUGUGGUAUGGGGUGGGGGGAGCUCCAUUUUUUUUUCUCCUUGAGUUUCCUGCUGCUGCUACACAUCCUGUGUGCACCGCUCCCCCCUCCCCACGCAGAGGCAUCCGUUUGGGGGCAUUUUGGUGCCUUUGCUCUCCCUCAGGGUGCGGGCACCUCCGCAAUCUGCCACAGCUCUGUGAGCAAUGAGCUGUUCCGUUUGGGUGCACCCUCUUCCACGGGAGGCAUUUUUGCAUUAAAGGUGAUCUCUAUAAAUAA